CCAUAUGCAAAAAUGCCAACCUUAGAUGACAUUCUAGAGCAUAUUGGGGAAUUUGACUUGUUCCAGAAGCGAGCCUUUUUUGUCUUAUGCCUGCUGUCUGCCUCCUUCACCCCUAUUUACGUGGGUGUCGUCUUCUUGGGGUUCACUCCUGAACACCGCUGUCUCAGUCCUGGAGUUGCUGAGUUGAGCAGCCGAUGUGGCUGGAGUCUAGAAGAGGAACUGAAUUACACCGUUCCAGAGCAGGGGAGACAUGGGGAGUCUUUCUCUAGUCAGUGCAGGAGAUACGACGUGGACUGGAACACAACUGGCCUCAGCUGCACAAACCCCUUAGAAAACUUCACCGGUUAUGGCAACAGGAGCAGUAUCCCUCUUACCCCCUGUCAAGAUGGCUGGGUUUACGAUUCUUCAGCAUCGUCCAUCGUGACUGAGUUUAACCUGGUGUGUGAGGACUCCUGGAAGCUGGAUCUCUUUCAGUCUUGUGUGAACGUUGGAUUUUUUAUUGGCUCCAUAAGCAUUGGCUACAUAGCAGACAGGUUUGGUCGUAAAUUAUGCCUGUUAAUUACAAUCCUUGUCAAUUCCAUUUCUGGAGUUCUCAUGGCCUUUGCACCAAGCUACACGUGGAUGCUGAUCUAUCGUUUCAUACAAGGACUGGUCAGCAAGGGGGGCUGGUUAACAGGCUACAUCCUGAUCACAGAAUUUGUUGGCUUAAGCUAUAGAAGGACAGUAGGAAUUGUUUACCAAGUAGCCUUUACUGUUGGACUCCUUGUACUCUCUGCUAUUGCUUAUAUGAUUCCUCACUGGAGAUGGCUGCAGCUCACUGUUACGCUGCCAAACUUCUUCUUCUUGCUCUAUUACUGGUGUCUGCCAGAGUCACCAAGGUGGCUGAUCGCUCAACAGAAAAAUGACAAAGCCAUGAAAAUUAUUAACCGUAUUGCCAAGGGAAAUGGGAAAAAGGUGCCUCCCUCUUUACAGAGUCUCAACCCUGAAGAGGAAGAUGGGGAAAAGCUGAGCCCUUCAUUUCUAGACUUGGUCAGAACACCUCAGAUAAGGAAACAUACGCUCAUUUUGAUGUACACUUGGUUCACAAGCUCUGUUCUGUACCAGGGGCUCAUCAUGCACAUGGGGAUUGCUGGUGGGAACAUUUAUCUGGAUUUCUUCUAUUCUGCACUGGUUGAAUUUCCAGCCGCCCUCAUACUCAUACUCACAAUUGAUCGCAUUGGCCGUCGCUAUCCCUGGGCUGCAGCAAAUCUGGUGGCGGGGGCUGCUUGCCUUAUUACAGCUUUCAUCCCAGACAAUAUCUAUUGGUUAAAAAUUACUGCAGCUUGCUUGGGCAGAAUGGGAAUUACCAUGUGCUAUGAAAUGGUUUGCCUAGUAAAUGCAGAAUUGUACCCAACAUUUCUCAGGAACCUGGGAGUACUUGUCUGCUCUUCCAUGUGUGAUAUUGGUGGGAUCAUAACUCCAUUCAUUGUCUACAGACUGGCAGAGAUCUGGCAUGAGCUGCCACUUGUAGUUUUUGCUGUGGUUGGUUUAAUUGAUGGUGGACUGGUGCUGCUCCUACCUGAGACCAAAGGGAAAACUUUGCCUGAGACCAUAGAAGACGCUGAAAACAUGCACAGACAAAGAAAGCGCAAAAAAGAAGUGAUUUACCUGCAUGUUUUAACAACAGAAGUUGCACCUAAUUAAGUUAAAGAGC